AUCCCCUGAUGUAUAAAACUGUUCAAAUCCUUUUUACAGUGUAGGAAGUAAAAUAAAUCCUACAAACAACAUAGCUGGGUUUAUUGGGACCAGAAAGACAUCUGGUCAGUGCUGCCUGCAGGAAGUGUCAGCUGGUGGGCCCACGUGUUGCCAUCCAGAGGUGCCAGGGGAGGGAGGGGGCUGCAGUCACUGGUUGGAGCAGAGCAGAUCAGCAGCUUCGUGGCGCGCGCUCUUCUGUAACGAGCAGUGAGCGGUUUUAUUAUAAUAAUAAUAAUAAUUAUUAUUAUUCCUUCCCUCUGAGACACAAAGUGCUGGAGCCGCUCUCUGCCGCGCGCCUCCUGCUGAGGACCCGGGGAGUUUCGCAGCGUUAGUCAUCCCUCCGCAGUGAGGAGGGCAGCGGCGGCUCGGAGGACGUGAUGCUCGCCUGCCGGGGCGCUCCGCGGCCCGCCGGUUGGCCGGGUCAUUAGGCUGUUUGCGCAGGACGUGGCGGGCCGACGCCGGUGACCGAAGGCGGGCGAUGUUUGCUCACGUCAGCCGCUCGAGCGCAGCGGACGCGGCUGGAGGGUGCGCGCUGCUGUUGCAACGCCUCACCGGAUAACCGCUGCUGUCAUCUGUCCUCUUUUGGCUUUUAUUUUAUUUGGAUUUGAUUUUUUCUUGUCACGGAUUUUAAGAUCGCAGAGACAGCAGAGGAGAAGGAGGGUAAAAAAAACAGUGAUGUUAGAUGCGUGCGCGUGCAGUGCGCAUCAUUUGUGAUCCCCCCCUGUACGCGCAAGCCGCUUUUUUUUUUCCUUCCAGAGGGGCAAUGCGCCCACCCCUGCGAUGCUAGCCUAUUAGCUGGAGACCCACAGAGAGAAGGAUUCAGUCCUGGACUCGAGGAGAGGCUGAUUUACGAGUCCUGGUUUCUGCCUUUCACAGGAGGGGGGAUCAGAAGGGGAGGGUGGUCGGUGAAGGAGAAUGCAGCAUUCACGUUUUUAAGCAUGCAGCGGACUGUUUCCGGUUCCUAAAGGCUGCUCUACCCCCCCAGCACCCCCCACCCGCCGCCAGCAGCCGUAUGGGGACAGCGGAGGCAGACCCAGAUGGCAUGGACACUUCCACAUCGUCUGCCGCUCUGCCCUGCCCGCUCCGCCGGAGCCCGUUCGCCGCCGCCUCUGUCCUCCAGCUCGCCCCGCCGCCCAGCAGCAGCAGCACUGCAGCACAGCACAGGCUGACGGCAUGAGGCUUGAUCCGGUGCAUCUGUCCAUGCUGGUCAUCGGGGUCUCCUUCGCCUGCUACGCCCCGAGCCUCAACUCGCUCCAGGACCAGGCGUACCGGGCGGCCGUGGUCAUCGAGGGCGAGGUGCGCUCCUCCCCGGAGAACGCGUCGGCCCGGGAGCCGUACAGCGUGAAUGUCAGGGUGCUGGACGUGUGGCCCGUCAACAGCGGCGGCCUCGAGAGGGAGCAGCUCGUGACCGUCGGCGCCUUCGGCUCCGAAGCCCCCUGCAUCACGGUGGAGAAGGACCACCGGUACAUCUUUUUCAUGGACCCCACCGCCGAUCCCCUGGUGUUCAAGGCGUCCUACGCCCCUGUGGCCGCCGGCGAGCCGGAGCUGAAGAAGGAUGUGCAGAAAGUGCUGUGUGAGGACUGCGCGUCUGCUCCUAAGCUGCGGUUGAUGCGAGGUCAGUCUCUGUUGGAAGGAGACAGGCUGUACUUGAAGUGCGAGGCGUCAGGAAACCCCAGCCCAACCUUCCGCUGGUACAAAGAUGGACACGAGCUUCAGAAAGGCAGAGACCUCAAAAUAAAAACCAACAAAAAAAACUCAAGGGUGCAGAUCAUCCACGUGCGUGUGGAAGACUCCGGGAACUACACCUGUGUGGCUGAAAACUCCUUAGGACAAGAAAACGCUACAAGUAUAAUCAGUGUGCAGAUCUUGACCACCACAAACCCACCUCCAGGCGUGAGUCAUGUGCGGCGCUGCAAUGAUUCGGAGAAGGCCUACUGCGUCAACGGAGGAGACUGUUACUUUAUACACGGUAUCAACCAGAUGUCCUGCAAAGCUUCUCAAAAAUGAAUUUAUGGAGGCCGAGGAGCUCUACCAGAGGCGGGUGCUGACCAUCACAGGCAUCUGUGUGGCGCUGUUAGUGGUUGGCAUCAUUUGUGUGGUGGCCUACUGCAAAACCAAGAAGCAGAGGAAAAAGAUGCAGAGUCACCUACACCAAAACCAGAAUCAGUGUGUGGAGCAGCCAAACCGCAUGUUGGCCAACGGGCCAAACCACCCCGGCCCCGGUCCCGAGGAGAUCCCCAUGGUUGAUUACAUCUCAAAGAGCGUCCCUACAACAGAGUGUGUGAUCAGCCAUGGAGCUGAGGGUGCUGGCAACUAUGCAGGCAGUCGAAUGUCGACCCGCUCCCACCACUCCACCACUGCCUCACAUGCUUCCAGACACGAGGAGCAGACGUGGAGCAUGGAGCGAACAGAGAGUGUGAACUCAGACUGCCAGUCGGGUGGACUCUCCAGCUCUGUGGGAACCAGUAAGUGCAGCAGCCCAGCAUGCAUGGCGAGGAGGGCCGCCCACUGGGGCUGCACAGACGGGUCCAGGAUGGGGAUGCAGUAUGGGGAUUCUUACGACUCUCUAAGAGACUCACCUCACAGUGACAGGUAUGUGUCUGCGCUGACCACACCGGCACGGCUGUCUCCUGUAGAGUUUCACUACCCCCCGCUACCACCCCAGGUGCCCACCUUCCAGAUCACCUCACCCAACAGAAGCCACGCCCUCUCCCUCCCCCCCGCUGCUGCUGCCUACCACAGAGAUGACGACCAGCCGCUGCUGAGAUGUCCUGAUGAUGGAAGUUUAUACCGGCAGCCCCGGCGUCCACGGCGACCCUAUCUGACGGAGAGCACAGGAAGUCUCCCCUCCAGUCCCUACCAUCUACCCGAUGACGAAGCCUACGAGACGACGCAGGAGUACGCGUCCUCGCGGGAACCCAUCCGGAGCCGGCGCCGCCCCCGACGCAACCGCCUCAACGGACACGUCUCCCAGCGCUCGGUGGGCCUACGGGACUGCAGCUCGCAGAGCUUCAGCCAGUCGGAGGAGGAGGAGGAAGAGGAGGAGGACGAGGACGCUCACGGGGAGAGCACACCAUUUCUCAGUAUGCAGAACAUGAACAUGGACACGCCCGUAUCAGCCUCGGGUUUCCGCUCCACGUCUAGCGCGGACACGCGGACUCACCGCGGGCUCAGUCGGCCCGGCGUGCGCAGCAACGGGCAGGGCCGCGGCUCCCAGUCGCAGCGCUCCAAGGCUGACAACAUGCCUCUUUAAGACUGGACCCCGCCCCCUCCCUCCCCACUCCUAACACCUCUACCACGCCCCUCCACCUCUUACACUCCCCUCCGUCCUUCACACAACCUGUGGACUAGAGACCUGCACCUAGGAGAAAUAUUUUUAUUUUGUAUAACAGACAGAUAUUCUAAACAAAUGAAAUAUUUAUUUUCAUUUCAGCAAAAAUUGUCUACUAGCUAACAGCAAAGACUUUUUUAUAACGGGGGGAUAUUUAUAUGUAAAGUUUUUUGAUUUACAGCAUUAUGAGAGAUGAAAUAUAAGAGAAUUAUGUGCCAAUUUUUUCACAAGUUAGAUUAAUAGAAUAAUAUUGUGGUGCCUUUUGCUGUAUGCUGAAGUCGGAGGUCCCGUUGAGUUUUUGUAGCUUUUCUUAUGAAGACUCCUCAUUUUUAUAGAGACCGACCCUCUUUCUUCCUAUUGCUUUGGUUUUAGUUUCGAUUUGUUUGUUUGUUUUUUUCUCUCAUUUGGGAUCUUCCUCUUUUUGAACUGUGAUCAAAUUAUGUCAUCAUGCAAUAUUGAUUCCUUCUGUGUAAAAGGUGUCUGUUUACAUGACCCACUCGUUCGUUUCACAGGGACGUUUAGUCAACUGGAUGUGUAGGGUAGAGAGUUUUGAUGAAGGUUCGUCUGUCAUUAACGUCCUCGUUCGCACUUAUUUGUUGUUUCUGUGAAAAGAAGAGUGGUCAGUUGUCAUAAAGUAAAGGUGACUUCCUAUGUA